UUAUUAUCUAUUAUCAGUUGAUAUUGCAAUAUUAUGUUAUCAGUAUGUAGUUGCUAGUUGAGAACUAAUGAGGAAGUAGGUACAUUAUUUCAUAUUAGGCAGGCAUAAUGAAACUCAAUUACAAGGUUAUUUUGUGAUCAGUUCAGAGGUAUCGGAGACCUCUUGCCCUUUCCUGGAUUGUUGCUGCCGUCUUGCUCACCAUGAAUCUCACUAAACAUUUGUUUAGACAGAUACUGUCAUCAGCAGAUAGUCUUAGAUUCUCUAGGGCUUUGUCAUUCAUCCAUGACUCAAACUACAUUUAUUCACUGGGAUCAAAUAAGUCAAGCGCAAGCACAAGCUCAGAGGAUGCUUUGUUUGAUAUGUUUCGGAAUGAAGAAAAUGAUUUACUGCCUGUUGGAAAGUUUCUUGCGGCACUACGAACAACCGGGUUGCGGAAAAAUGAUCCUCGUCUUCGAAACCUAAUGGAUAACCUCAGGAAAGCCAAUUCAUCUUUAAAAAAUGAAGGGGGUUCUCCAGAAACAUUGAAAUUAGACCGGGAGACUUUUCAUAGCAUAAUUUCACCAAAUCUCUCGCUCAUUUCACGAGCGUUUAGGCAUCAGUUCAUCAUCCCAGACUUCCCUGAUUUUACAAAAUACAUUGAAGAAUUUUAUUGGAAAUGCAAAACUAAUACAGAGGGAAAGGUGGCAUCGUAUAUUCCACAACUGGCAAGAAUGAAUCCAGAUUACUGGGGCAUAAGUGUUUGCACAAUCGACGGUCAGCGUUUUUCAAUAGGAGAUGUUAAUGUCCCUUUUACCAUUCAGUCUUGCAGUAAACCUUUGAACUAUGGAAUCGCUUUGGAAAAACUGGGACAAGAUAUUGUGCAUCAGUAUGUAGGCCAAGAACCAAGUGGCUGUAACUUCAAUGAGUUAGUGCUGGAUCAUAAUAAAAAACCACAUAAUCCAAUGAUAAAUGCUGGUGCCAUUUUAGUAUGUGCAUUAUUGAAAACUUUGGUGAAGCCUGAGAUGAGUCUUGCCGAAAAAUUUGACUAUGUGAUGAAUUAUUUCAAGAGAAUUGCGGGUGGGGAAUACCUUGGAUUCAACAAUGCAGUGUUUUUGUCGGAGAGGGAAGCAGCUGAUCGGAACUAUGCGCUUGGUUUCUAUAUGCGUGAACAUAAGUGUUAUCCCGAGAAAACAAAUUUAAAAGAAUGCAUGGAUUUCUACUUUCAGUGCUGUUCGAUGGAAGUAACAGCGGAGAGUAUGAGUGUAAUGGCAUCAACUUUGGCAAAUGGCGGAAUUUGUCCUCUCACAGAAGAGAAAGUCCUGAAACCAGACUCUGUUCGAGAUGUACUCUCCCUGAUGCACAGCUGUGGCAUGUAUGAUUACUCUGGCCAGUUUGCUUUCAAAGUUGGCCUACCUGCAAAAUCAGGUGUUUGCGGAGGAAUGCUGGUGGUCAUCCCAAACGUAAUGGGCAUAUGUUCAUGGUCUCCCCCUCUUGAUCCGUUGGGUAACAGUUGCCGUGGAGUUCAAUUUUGUCAGGAGCUAGUGCAACUGUUCAAUUUUCACCCUUAUGAUAACCUAAAGCAUGGUGUGCACAAAAAGGACCCACGAAAACACAAGUACGAGACUAAAGGACUAAAAGUUGUCCAACUUUUGUUUUCAGCUGCGAAUGGGGACAUUUCUGCACUGAGGAGACACAAACUUUCAGGGAUGGAUAUGGGUCUGAGCGAUUAUGACGGCAGGACUGCCCUUCACUUGGCCGCUGCAGAAGGUCAUCUUGACUGUAUAAAAUUCUUGUUAGAGCAAUGUGGAGUUGAUCAUACCGUUCGUGAUAGGUGGGGGAAAACUCCCAUUGAAGAGGCCAAACAGUUUCGACAUGUCCAGGUCGUCCAGUAUCUAAAACAAUGGGCAGACGCAAAUCCUCAGGAGGCUAAUAAAACUGAAGAUGAAAAAUCCAGCCUACCAAUUGAAAAAACCUCUCCAUUGCCUAAAUAAACCUUUCAUUUGUUGAGCCUCCAAGUCAAUAAUCUGAUGACAUUGGUUUUUUACCUGGUGCAACUCUCAUAGGUCAGAUAGUAGUAAUACGCAGACUCAAAUAUAAAAUUGAUGGUUGAUGGUGUCGGCUCUAAUAUUUCCAUUCACGUCAACAUCCCUGUGUUGCUGAAAUUGACCCUUGAAGCCUAGAGCGCCAGAAAUGAUGGUCAUUUUAUCACUGUAAAAUUGCUUCCUCAGCAUCGGAUGAUUUCAUACUCGAAACUAGUGAGAAAGGAACAUUUUAUGAAGUUUCAUAGAAUGAUAUGAAUUAUUUUAGGAUUAGCUACUCACUACUCACUACUACUUUGUUGAUCCUCCUAGGAAUCCUAAAUGAGAAUAAUCCUCUUUAGAAUGUGAAAAACUUUAAAUUGUAGAUCGGCGUCACUGCGUAGAGGAGUGUUUUACGUGAAGGACCCUGCAAACUGCAACUAGAAAUAUGUGCCCACGCCGAUUCAAUUUUUCUUUGCUGCAUUAAAAUCAUCUAUUGAUCCUGAUCAAAAGUCACAGUUGGGCCAAGUUUCUACAAUUUUCUUACGCACAACUAAAUUGCACAUGAAGUAAAAAAUAUCAGGGAGAAAUCCGAGGUUGUAAAAUUACAGUAAAGAGUGAACAUCUUGUAAAAUGAGUCUUACUCCCUCUACAUUCCUCCCAUGCCUGCUGGCGGUAUUUGUCAAUUUUUUUAUAGCUUUAUUACCUCUUUUUCCCUUUCCGUUUUAUGUUAAUUGUUUGUUAGAUAGUAAUGAGUCUGGUGAUUGACAAUAAUAUGUCUUAAAUGUUAUUCACUGAUUUUUUGUAGUCAUAAUUUUAAGGAAUGCCUUUAUUUCACUUACCAGAGCAAAUACCUAAUAUUCAUUGUUAGUGAUUCUAGUCUUUACGUCCUUCCUCAUCACUUAUGAUAAAAUGCGGGUGUCCUUUUUUUUGGUGUUUUCAUCCUAACACGUAAGUAAGUUUUCUUCCAUUGUUUUUGAGAAUUUAGGCUGAAAAAGCUACAAAUUUUUAGGCUUUAUUUAAGUAUCUUAUACUUUUUUGAUCCAUCAAUGCGUUUCCAUUGAUUUUUUUCUCCUUAUUUUGGAGGUAAUACUUAGCUAGUCACACAGAAUUUCCAUCCCAAUGGGCCAAAAGGGAUUUAUCUUCCUUUUUUCCAAUUUAAUUAUCUUUUAGUGUCAAUUUCAAUUAUUUUGCUCUUAGAAUUGCUCUUGUCAUUAUUGCAUUGUGAAAAGAUUGUUUUCGACUUCCGCAAUUAGUAAGGUAUGAAGCUUGAAGUUAAAGGAAAUGAAGGCGGCUUCAUUGAAAGAAUUGUCUGAUUUUUCUUCAACUGAGACUUUUGUUGUUGUCUGAACUCAGGAAGCUGUAUCUAAUAAUCCAUAUUUUUUAAAAGUCUGACUUUUACAUGCAGUUUCAAAUAGACUUUUCUUUACCUAUGUGUAUCGCCUCAGAUCAAUGGGUGUCAAAAUGAAAAAAAGAGGUCAAUGACACAUCUAUCUGAAAUAUCAGUGGUUAUAUUUUUGGGGCACCCUUACUCAAUCAAUAGCCAAUUUAUAGGUUUUUUAUGUAACCUUACUAUCCAUGGUUUGUGUCACAAGGGCUUGCGCGAUUUUCCGAUUUCAUGUUGUUCCCUUUUCAGAAUCUCAAGAAAGUAACUGAACCUUUUCAACCAUGUCAUCUUCAACGUGCAAGAUGUUGGAUAGAAGUGAUGUGUCUCUUUUGUGCAAUAUUAAGAUCUAUGUUAACCAAAUUCUUUAAAUAUGAAUUGUUUUGUUUGUAAUUUAA